UGUGCAUUUACAACCCCCCGCAUCUUACUGUGUUUUUCUGAAUGCGACACACGGCACACACUGCGAAGCGAAACCCUAAAUAGGGCUAGACUCUCUCUCUCCUAAAUCCUCUGCCACACAAUUUAUCGUGCUCUUGCGCACGCUCCCCGCUUCAGAAAUUCUCCCGUCUCUGUUUUCCGUUUCUAGGGUUUUCGUUUUCCGGUCCAAAAUCUAUUCUAAUAAACGGAAACAAUAACCUCGACGAGACUUGUUUUCGCCGUUUAUAUCUAGUGUCGUGUUGGAUUUGUUUCGAUUGCGUUUGAUUUUCUCGAUUUUCUUUUUGUUUGUUUUGUCUAAUGGUUGUUUCUGUGUUCUGAAUGCAAUUAGGGUUUGGGAUUUUUCUCAACGUUCAAGGCCUGUGAACCGAACAAAGCGGUUGAAUCUUUGCUAGAAAAAGAACUUGGGAAAUAUGAAGACACCAUCAUCAUAUCCAGUUCUUGACAAUCGACCAAUUGAUCAAUGGAAGGUUACGGAACUAAAAGAAGAGCUUAGGAGAAGGAAAUUGAUAACAAGGGGGUUGAAAGAAGAAUUAGUUAAAAGGCUGGAUGAAGCACUUCGUAAUGAAGAUGAUUCUGCCAAGGGAAAAGUUGAUAAUGGUUUUGAUGGAACUGCCCCACCUGUGGUUGAGACUGAAGAUGGAAGCACAGUUCUUAUUGUUUCUGAAACUGCUGUUGCCGUGACGGAUCAUGUUUAUGAAAACAAUGAGGUGGAUUGUGGAAUAGAUAAGGUUCAUGUUGACGAUACUGCAGUGUUAUUGGGUGAAGCGAAGGCUCAACAGGGGGAAGAAAUAGGUGGUAAUGCCAGGGAUGAGGAGAUGGUAUUUCAGUCUCAACCUGAAGAUGCGAGGACAGUUCUGUCUGUUUCUGAAACUACUGGGGAUAUAAUGGAUCAUGGCAAUGACAUGAUGGAUCACGUUUUAGAAACUCCAGCAGUUGUAUCUGAAACUACUGGGGACUUGAUGGAUCGUGGUAAUGACAGCAAUGAGGUGGAUCGUGAAACGAAUCAGGUGCAAGUAGACAAUACUGAAUUUUCUUUGGGCGAAGGGAAAGUUCAAGAAGGGGAAGUAAUAAGUGUUACCGGUUCUGCUAUGGAUGAGGAGAUUGUAGUUCGUGAAACUUCUCUGGAAACCAGCAUCACAGAGGAGGAGAUUGUAGUUCAUGAAACUUCUCUGGAAACCAGCAUCACAGAGAGUGUAGUAUCUGAAGUAACAGUUACAGUGCAAGAGUUACAGAAAAGUGAGUCCCUGAUCGAGAAUGAGGAGAUAAAGCCUCCUCAUGACGAUUUUGGACUCGAGUCUUCUGAUCCAAACUACCAGGUAUCUGAGGUCAGCACUGUUUUAGGGUUUCAAGUAAAAUCUGAUUCUAUUUCUAGCGAUUGUGUCUCAAUUGAUGAAAAGAAUGAACUAAAGGAUAAUAUAAUUGCUGAUAAUGUCAAAUUAGAACUGGAUGUUAAGCCUGAGAUGGUGCAGCCAUCAUCGUGCAAUGUUCUCCCAGAUGGUGACGAACUACAUCCAAUGGAUGUUGAAGAGCCACGGGAGAACAAAGUACCUGUUGAGGAGAGAGAUGAUACGAAGACUGUUAAUGCAGAAAUGAGCGAGAAAAAUGAUAUUGCAGAUGUGAUUUUCUCAGAAAAGUUAAAUUUGGACAUCGGUGAUGAUUCCGUGGAUGAUGACGCGUUGGAGAGUAAACAAGUAGAUUCUAAGGAUGUGUCAUAUGAGUUGGGAGAUAUGAGUGAGAUAACUGAAGCGCCUUUGGUGAAGGAGGAAGCUCCAGUUGAUGUUAUGCAGGAUGAUAUGUCUGUGGAUAAGAAAGACAUUAAUGAUGAAAAGAACAGUGCUUCUGCUGCACCUGUAAAACGAAAGCUUCAUGAACAAGUAGUAGGGAACAAUGAGACUUCCAAGAGGCAGAGGAGGUGGAACACUGAAACCCUUAAAGUUCCCGAACGUCAAAUCGACCCUGCAUCUUCCACUACACCUAGAGACACACCACUGUCUGCUACUAUGAAACGCAGCUUCUCUAGAUCUGAUUCCACAGCAAGUGAGGAUCCACCAAAGGAGCGUGUCGUUCCACCAUCUCCGAAGUCGCCUACUAAUUCUCUAAGAAUUGAUCGUUUCCUGCGUCCGUUUACGCUAAAAGCUGUACAAGAACUUCUUGGGAAAACUGGUUCUGUAACCAGUUUUUGGAUGGACCACAUUAAAACUCACUGCUAUGUCAGUUAUUCUUCUGUGGAAGAAGCCGUAGAGACCCGAAACGCUGUGUACAAUUUGCAAUGGCCCACUAAUGGAGGGCGACUCCUUGUGGCUGAGUUUGUUGACCCCCAGGAAGUGAAAGUUCGAGUGGAGCCGACUCCCCCGCCCGCUCAGGCACCAGCAUCACCCGUCAUUACGUCCCCCACCAUCCUUCCACCUCCACCUCCUCCCAAGUCGCAGCCCCAACCUUCUUCCCGCCCGCAGGUUCAGCGCCAGCAACUCCCACCGCCACCCCCUCUUCCUCUUCCCCCUCCACCACCAUUGUCCAACCCUCCCCAAGCAAGGGAACGGCUUCAACUUCCGCCGCCACCUCCACUUCCGCUGCCAGAGAAAGUCGAUGCUCCCAUUCUUACUCUCGAUGAUCUCUUUAAAAAGACCAAAGCAACCCCGCGUAUCUACUACUUACCAUUGUCCGACGAACAAGUGGAGGCAAAGCUGAGGGCACAGGGAAAAAGCACCAAGCAGUAGGAAUUAUAGAUUGUCACUUGAACCCAACAGCUGCUAUUCGGAUUUUCUAAAUGGGUUCGUCAGUAUCUAUAAGAUAAUACGUUGGAAAGUAUAUCAUAUAAUUGAGUCUUUGCAGGUCUGCAGGUGUUGCUUGUGUGAAGGAAUUGUUCGGGGCAAGGUUGAACGUGAGAAGCUGGUUCGUUGAUGGACUAGGGUUUUCCAGAGGGCUGUUUUGGCUUGAGGCUGAAUUUAAGUUGGGUUUAGAACCUCAAAAUUCUAGGUUUCUCUUUGAGUACAUGGACUUAAUAUUGGUCUUUCUUGUUUUCCUCUUUAGCUGGAGGACCAACUUUAUUGAACUUCCGUUAGUAUCUACUAGUAUUUUAGCAGACGAAGAUUGGAUCAAUGUUAGAUUCGGAAAUAUCUUUGCUAAAAUGUCAAACAUGUGAAAUUGCAGCUUUGCUUUACGUUAUGGCGAUCAAUCUUUGUUGGGA